AUGUGCAAAUAUUUUCAGAUAUGUUUUUUAUUGUUUAUAACGUUUUAUUUGAUAUCGCGAUGGAUAUUGGGUCUGUUGAAGUCGUGCAGCGAUAACGAUGAAUUGUAUGCGGGAAGGGAGGAUUUCUUCGUUUUUAGGAUAUCUUUAUGGAUGUGCACAUGUUCGUUGGCGAUCUCGAUUGGUGCCGUAACGCUAUUGCCGUUCUCGGUGCUGGGCGCCGAAAUAUUGCAUGCAUACCCAGAUAGUUAUUACUUCAAGUGGUUGAAUUGGCAGUUGAUCCAGUCACUAUGGAACUAUGUUUUUGCAUUGAGCAAUCUCUCAUUGUUCAUUCUACUUCCAUUCGCUUAUUUCUUUAUCGAAUCGCAGGGUUUUCGAGGACAACGUAGAGGUAUAAUGACUCGAGUGUACGAAACAGUGGCCGUUUGUAUUAUGAUGAUUGUCGUGUUGAUUUGUUUGGCCGAUGUUGUGCAAUCGUUUCUUUUGUCUCGACAAAAGUCAAUAUCACUGUCUUUGUUGAGUUUCACAUCAGUCGAUUUGCCAUUCAUCUAUUCAUGUGUCUCGUUAAUUGGUGUUAUCACAUUACUCAUCACAACACCAAUCGGAUUCGCACGAAUGUUCACAGUGGUAUCGGAUCAUUUGUUAGCGCAGUCAUCAUCAAAUGCUGCAUCGUCGUCAUUAAGUGACGAAUACGACGAAUAUAUGGUAUUGUCACGUCUCGAAUACAACACUCGACGAUUACGAUUGAAACGAAACGGUUACAUGUCUUACGAUUCACUGCCCACACCGAUCACUCCACCCGAACCGUUCCUACCGAACAAACCACUUCUCGGCUAUCAGAAAGUUCUUCACUCCAUCAAAUAUCUACUCGCUAUCGUCACACUUCUACUCCUUACCGUACGUUCUAUUGCGCUUCAGUCUUUAUUUUUUUAA